AUGUUAUCAAAGCUAGACGACUGCAUAUCUUAUAUUUCUGCUCACCCUAAUUUUAAAGAUUAUCCAGUUUAUUUAGCAAAGUUUAAGCAAUGUCUCUCUAAAGCUAUGCAUCUUAUGAAGACCUACACUGUGAAUACACUACAGAACCUCACAAAUCUGUUGAUUAAACGGGAUUUAUCAAAUACUCCAAAUUCUGACAAUGCUUUCACUUUAUUUUAUGUGAAAUUUAGAGCUGCAGCUCCAAAGGUCAGGACGCUGAUUGAACAGAUGGAGCAGCGAUCUGAGACUAUACCAGAAUACCAGAUGCUUCUUGCUGAAAUACAUCAGUGCUACCUAGAUCAGCGAGAGAAUCUGCUUAGUCCAAGUAUCACCAGAACAAUCACAGAUCUCACCAGCCAGAACAACAGGGAUCACUGUGCAUUGGUGCGGAGUGGCUGUGCAUUCAUGGUCCAUGUGUGUCAGGAUGAACACCAACUUUUUAAUGAGUUUUUCACCAAACCAACACCAAAAUUGGAUGAACUUUUGGAGAAACUGUGCCUGUCUCUAUAUGAUGUUUUGCGACCGUUGAUCAUUCACAUAGUUCAUUUAGAAACAUUGUCAGAACUUUGUGGCAUACUGAAGAUUGAAAUGCUUGAAGAUCAUGUUCAAAACAAUGUUUAUCAACUAGGUGCCUUUGCGGCUGUGGUGAAGCAGAUGUUGGAGGAUGUACAGGAAAGACUUGUUUAUAGAACACACAUAUACAUCCAGACAGAUAUCUUGGGUUAUAAGCCAGCUCCAGGAGACCUUGCCUAUCCUGACAAGCUGGAGAUGAUGGAGCAAAUUGCACAAAGUCUCAAAGAGGAACAAAAAAGGCUGCAGUCCAUGGAGGCCUCCUUUUCUGAUGUUCAUCUAGAAGAUCCAGAUGCCAACAACCUCAUUAAAAGUGGUACUUCAGAAUCGUUGGGCUCACGAACACAGAGUACAAUUUCACCUGCUGACCUGCAUGGCAUGUGGUAUCCUACCGUAAGGAGGACGCUGGUGUGUCUGUCCAAGUUGUAUCGAUGUAUUGAUAGAGCAGUCUUCCAAGGUCUGUCUCAGGAGGCUCUGUCAGCGUGCAUUCAGUCUCUGUUGGGUGCUUCCGAUGCCAUUACAAAAAACAAGACACAGGUCGAUGGGCAGCUGUUCCUGAUAAAACAUCUCCUCAUUCUGCGUGAGCAGAUUGCACCUUUUCACACUGAAUUCACCAUAAAGGAAAUUUCCCUGGACCUCAAGAAAACAAGAGAUGCCGCCUUUAAAAUUCUACACCCAAAGACAGUUCCACGAUUCUUCAGGCUCAACAGCAACAAUGCCAUCCUUGAGUUCCUCCUCCAGGGAACACCAGAAAUAAAGGAACAUUACAUUGACUCAAAGAAAGAUGUUGACAGACACCUCAAGGCAGCUUGUGAGCAGUUUAUUCAGCAGCAGAGUAAGAUCUUUGUUGAACCAUUAGAAGAUUUUAUGGCAAAGGUAACUGCAUUGAAAACAAUGGUUAACCAGGGUGGUCCAAAGUAUAGUCUUUCACAUCAACCGUGGGCUCAACCAGUAAAGAUAAAUGACUUGGUGUCUUCUACCUACAAAACCAUAAAAACUAAACUGCCGGGGACUCUGAGGAGCAUGUCAUUGUAUUUAGCAAACAAAGACACAGAAUUCAUUCUUUUCAAGCCUGUUCGGAGUAACAUUCAGCAAGUCUUCCAGAAGAUCCACAUGUUAUUAAAAGAAGAAUUCAGUAGUGAGGAUUUACAGAUCAUUGCUUGUCCUUCAAUGGAGCAGGUAAAUCUGUUGCUGUCAAUGUCAAAAUAG